AUGUCGAUAUCACUAGAACAGAUAAUAAUGGAUGCAAAAUUGGCGGCUAAUCGCCUCAAUGAGCAAAGUAAAUUCGCCUCAAGCUUGUAUUUCAAGUGUUUAGUGCUGAACAAGAAGCUGGAAUCAAUGAGAAUGCUGCAGGAUGACACAGAAGCCCUCAAUAGGGUGGCCAGGGCGGGACACACAAAUGCCGAACUUGUGAUGCUGAUAAAUCGGGAGAAUCGCGAAAAUCCCCACAUGAGGGACAUUCAGCAGGAGAAUCGUGAGCUGAAAGCCUGCCUGGAGGACUAUCAGCGCACCAUGGAGCACAUAAUGACCAAAUACAGGGAGCACACGCAGCUGAAAGUGCUCGCCAGUCAACCCGACACGGCCGAUGUGAAGUUCCUGCUGCAGAAGGAUGAGAUCAUCAAGCAGCAAAAUGAGAAAAUCCUCGAAAUGGCUGCAGUGAUGCAGAAGGCAGCCUCAAUGGAUGAGGAGCUGAUUCACAAGGAAACCGAAGGACUCGUGCGUCUCGUGCGUGAGAACGAAGGUCUCCGGGAGUUGCUGCAGAUCUCCCGGCAAUUUGGAUCAGUCAACUAUGGGCAGGAUCACGUGGAGAAGUCCUCACAGACCGACGAUGUGUCCGACGAUGAAACUCAGGAAAGGACAAUUGAGGAGAAAAAUGAUGCAGACAGUGAGAAAAUGGAAAAAUCCCAGAGUCCCGAAGUAAAGCAGGAGGUCAAAGAGUAAGUCGCCUCAUCCACCACGCCCACCAUCAGCGCUAAUUUAUUACCCGAAAAUAAACAGAAAACAUUGAAAAUUCCA